AUGUCAGUGAAUGACAGAGCCGUGCGAAAUUCGCCCGGCGGCGAAAAAUCAGGGCACAUUACAGUGGGAUUGGUGGGCCCAAAUCGCAUUCCAUUGUUUAAGUCGACGCCAACGCCGACCAAAAGGAACCAAAGUAUGGAAAAGCCAAAAGGUAAACGUCUCAGCGAUGAGGAAAACGCGUCCAAUCGGCUUUUAGGGCUUUUGAAAAAGAAAAAUGAAGAACGAUCCGAUAGCGGGUCUCCCGUUGGUUUGAAAUUUCGACAAAACGAGGAUAAAAAUGCUGGUGACCCCCGAGGUCCAUCAAGAGCUGUGAGAGCUGUCCCUGAAAAAAUUCCGGACGAUUUGAUGAUGAAAAACGCGCCCAACGAGAAUCUGUCCGUCGCCUCUGCCUAUAAUCGUGGCGAUGCACAAGACAAUUGGCAAGACGCGUCUUCAGUGCUUCCACAACGACCAGCUACUCCAAAGAUCCAAGUUUCACAGGGUUCUGAUGACACAGCUACCGGAAAAUUGUUUUUGACUCCGCAACACUCCAAAAACCCGGUCAGUAAAAGAACUACCCCCACCACUCUUCCCAAAAAGCACGAAAGAAGCUCCAAAACUGUCAUAUACAGGAUGAAACGAAGAAAUUCACCUUCGAGUCGCAACGGCUCUGACAAUAUUGACGACGAACCGUUACAUACGGAAAAAGCUGCGACUGCGACGCCCAAGAAAAGGAAAACAAUGUCUACCGAAGAAACUGCAAAAGAUAUCGAAGCUAGGGACUACGCACCAAAUGCGGACACGCCGAAAGCAUCUCCACAAAAAUUGACCACGAAUUCUGCUACGAGACCUGGCCAUCACCUGAAUGCUGGUAGUACAACGAGUGCUACAAGAAACUCUUUAGAAUAUCCAGAAGAAACUACUCCAGUUCGUCAACACGCGCUACCAAGAAUACGAAAGUAUUCAAAAGCCUUUGAGAAUGUCAAUAAUGAACGUGAGAAAGAGAAACGAGGUGUGACUAGCAAGCGUGAAGUCAGGAAUGAUAUGCAAUCCGAUCCUGUGAAGUCAAAAGAGAGUAGACUUAAGAAGUUGGGAAUUAAAGAAAAGCGAUACAAAUCCAUGAAAAUGGCACAAUCCACAACUGCUAAGCCAAAGCAAACCGGAGCAGAAACUACCAGAAAGCAUAAAAAAGCCAUGUCCAGUGUAUCGAGCCCCAGCUCCUCCGUAAGGAAAAAGACUAUCACUCUAAGGCCCGUACGAUCCUACGGGGACGAGCCUAAUGGAUCUGCCAAAAUUAGCCGUUUCCCACCAUUAUCGGGAUCAAAUUCUGCUGAACGUGCGCGAUCGGACCUUUCACAAUUAUUGAAUGAGAAUGAAAUGGCUGACUUCAAACCACAGAUUUUGGCCGAUAUAAUGAAGUCCACUUCUGAAAUUUUAAGAAGACCUUCUGCUACACCAUUGAGCGGGAAUAGACCUACUUUACCGCUCCCAACUAGCUCAACAUAUUUGCAAAAUGUCGUUGAAAAAAUCGAUAACAACUUAAUGCUUCAGCUUAAGACAAAAAUCUCUGGUCAAUGGCCUCCGAAAUUCGAAAUAACAACUGAAAAUUCUAUUGAGAGGACUGAAGUCACCAAACAGUUGCCAGACGGCGGCGCAUCAAGCAACAACGCGAGUUCAGAGCUCGGGAAAACCCUGUUUGGCAAUGAAAGCAGAGAUAGUUCUUUUGCUGAGAGCAAGGGAGCUGUAGAUCAGAACAUAAAUCCUCACAGCCUUGAGGACGUGGCAAAGCUAACGGGACCGAACGUGUCUUCACACGAUAGGAAAGCUCCAGUGCUGGAAGUUGCUCUUGAGAGGUCUUCUGACUCCCCAAAAAUGAUGAAUAUUCAAAAUAUCAGAUUAAUACCGCUGAGGGCUGACUCGCCCAAACAAAUAUCUCUCCCUAAGCCGCUUCCGUUACUCAGUUGCGCCACGAAUUCUGCGGAUAAAUUGGAAAAAAGGGCUCAAGUUUUAGUGGAAGAGAGACCAUUAGUCACGCCCCAGUUGCAACGGCAGAUCCAGACAGCGGUUCAUAGCUUGACUGCCAGUGGCGAGAAAAAAAUCGCCUCUUUUGAGAUUCUAAAGAAUCCUGUUGACCCCAAUAAAAAUUCGGAGUUAGGGACAGGAACGGAAGAGCAAAGAGAUAAAGAGAGGUUACAAGAUACUAUAGCACCCGCUAGUGGGAAGCCACUGAACAUUGUUUCUUCUGUCGAAAACGUUUUUGGUGGAAACCUCACUGAAGAAAUAACGACGGAAGCGAACAAAGUUGUUGAAGGAUCGAUAACAAAUACAGACCCUAGAAAUAGACUUUCUAGAUUAGGAAAUCAGACGGUGAACAAUCCAAACGCAAGCGAAGAAGCCGAGAGUGCCCAGGUUAGCAGGUAUUCCGCAGGUCCAUCGAAGGUCUCGAGAGUUCCAAUUUUCAAUGCAAAUAAUCAAUGGAAUGGUGGUCAAUCAAAAAGAAGUCAGAAUUUGAUUCAUAAGACUUUAGACAAAGAAUAUAAAGCUGAAUCGAGAGUUGUCGAUAGGUCUAAUGUUGUUACAGACGUGAAGUCGGGUGCUAUUGAUGUGGCUCAGGAACUCUUGGGCAAAGACAAAUCUUCUUUGGAAGAAAAUGCUCUCAAACUAAAGGGUAGUCCCUUGCGACCAGACAGCGGCCAACUUAAGAAAGCACAACAGGUGGAUCCGGAGAGAGAACAGAAAAGAGCUGAGCGUGCUGUUGGUCGGGAGAUCCAGAAGAACGUAGCCUCACUCAAGUGCUUGAAAAAGACAAGAAUCCUGGAACUUAUACAAAUGGGCAUCGUUAAUCAUACGCCUUUCGAAGGUGGAAAUAAUGUUACGGUGAGUAACAAUAUUUGUAAUAUUAACAAUUACGAAAUUAGUCCUGUGUUGUACCUUCAGCACUUAUCCAAGAAAGGGCGAUUGACAUCUAAAAAUUUCGACAAAAGAGAAAUAAUCAGCGAUUUCCCGGUGCACUUCAACUCUCCAGCAGCGGUAAGUAAACUGCGGGACGAUUUGCGAGGCAUUAAAAUUUACGUUGAUGAGGAAGAGCUCAUAAAAAAGAUUGGAAACUCAAAUCCUUUCCUCUUGCAAAGAGUCAAAGAUAUGCGGGAAGGUUUUUCCAAGCUUAAUGCUGUUUUUACAAAUGAUCUUAACUCCGAUGUCGACCUCUACAUUUGUUCUCCGAAAAUAAAGGUAGCAAAGUCUGAUUUAAAGAGUCUUCAAAUGGCGGAGUAUUUGGGAAUAAGAAUUUGGAGCUUCAAGUACGCCGAAUGUAUGAUCCGCAAAUUCCAUAUGAUCAGCGAACCGGACAUUAUUCUGAAAACGACACAAAGCAGCAACAGCAAGGUGGGCAGCCUGGAUAGUAUCGAAGCUGAAAACUCGAGGAAAAUAGACGUACAAGAUCAACCCGAUGCUUUCAAGGGCUCAGUGGAUGCUGACAACACCGAUGUAGAGAACAUCGGAGACUUCUUUUCCUGCAUUGAUGAGCGACUGAAAUCGGGACAACUCAAGGAGAAUGAGUCAUGUGAAAUGGCAAGAAUGCUUUUCGAUCUGUCGCAAGAAGUUUGCUCCGCAUAUAACGAAGAAACUGCAGCACUAAAGAACGAAAAUAUGCAGUACCGGUCCCUCAUCACCUCUCUCACACGCUCAGCUAUGCAAGAACAGAUCGAGAUAGCUGGUUUGAAUGGACAACUGCAGAAAGCAAGGGAAGACAUCAAGAGUGUCAAGGAAGAGUCAAUUUCUAAAGAUCAUGAAAUAUCUCAGCUUCGAGCGAAGAUUAAAAAAAUAUGCUAUGAGGACAAAGCUUUAGAGGAGGAGAGCAGGAAUUUGAAGGCCACAUCUACUGAAAAGAAGAACGUCAAGAGUGCUAGUGCCAGAAAGGCAGAUAAGGCUUCAAGUGACAUCUUUGACAACACCGUUUUGCGUAACAUCACGUUGAUAAAGGGCGCUUUAAAAGCGCGUGCAGGGGCCACUGCGCUUUCUUCAAAAACAUGUACUCCCGCAGACAAGAAGACAUGGCGGUUGGACGAAAAUGCAGCACAAAAAAAGCAAGUUAAGAUGACGAAGGCUACUGACAACGAUCUGAAGGCUGACCUUCUCAGCUCCAGUAAAAUGGUUGUUACGUUAGAUGAUAAGUUAGCAGAGGUGUUGAAAAAUUUAGAGCUGGAAAGGAAUUCUCGUAGGUCUGACAUUGAGAGACUAGCUCGAAUCAUGCAAAAGAAAGACGAACAAUUGGCUCUGGUCUCGUCACUUUUGCAGAAGGAGACGAAAAAGAGGAAAAUUUUAGGUGAGAGGCUGAGGGCGUUUGCUCAUGGUCUUCUAGCGCAGGAUGAAGACGACGACAUUCCGCUAAACAAGCAACGCAGAUGA